AGCUUAAUAUGGAAGGGAAGAGGAAAAAGCAGAGGAAAUUGCGACUCUCUCUCUAGAACCUAUUUUCUCUCUCUGCAAAAUCAAACUCAAUCGAGAGUCGUCGUCCCUUAAUCGUCACGCUUUCUCUCUCUCUUUCUACAUAUAUCUUCUAUUUCCCUUUAUCUCUCUAUACUCUACUUUCUCUCUCUAGAAUCUAGGGUUUGUGCGAGACAGAUGGGGCAGCAGUCGUUGAUCUACAGUUUCGUGGCCAGAGGAACGGUGAUCCUCGCCGAAUACACCGAAUUCAGUGGAAAUUUCACGAGUAUCGCUUUUCAGUGCCUCCAGAAACUCCCUGCGACCAACAACAAGUUCACCUACAACUGUGAUGGCCACACCUUCAACUACCUCGUCGAAGAAGGCUUCACUUACUGUGUUGUUGCGGUGGAGUCUGCUGGCAGACAGCUUCCGAUGGCACUUCUUGAGCGAGUUAAGGAGGAUUUUACUAAAAGAUAUGGUGGAGGAAAGGCCGCAACAGCUGUUGCUAAUAGCUUGAAUAAGGAUUUCGGGCCCAAACUGAAGGAGCACAUGCAGUAUUGUGUGGAUCAUCCAGAGGAGAUCAGUAAGCUUGCAAAAGUGAAGGCUCAGGUUUCAGAAGUCAAAGGAGUGAUGAUGGAAAAUAUUGAGAAGGUUCUUGAUCGUGGAGAGAAGAUUGAGCUUCUUGUGGAUAAAACAGAAAACCUUCGCUCUCAGGCACAAGAUUUCCGGACACAAGGAACCCAAAUGCGGAGAAAGAUGUGGUUCCAGAAUAUGAAGAUAAAGCUGAUCGUUCUUGGUAUCCUCAUUGCCUUGAUUCUCAUAAUAGUUUUAUCUAUUUGUGGUGGGGGAAAAUGCAGCUAGCGUGUGGAGAGCCUUCUCAUGCUUGAUUAGGAUGUUUGUGGUCAAUAGUGAAUUGGUUCUCUCCGGUAUAAUAAUUUUUUUGGUGUUUGUUUACCUUUAUAUAUAUAUUUUCUUGUGACACGGUUUUCCCCUUCUGUUAUAGUUUGUAUUUGUCAGACAAUGUUCAUCUAGUUUGUGCAAUUGAGACUUUACAUCUUCAAUGGUAUUGGAGUUCCAAUAUGAACAAUCUUUAUUUGCCCUUAA